CUUGCUCAUGUGCGGUUGGCUUUAAAACAAUCGCAGAUGUUGGAUCUGGUCCCUAUUCGACUAGAGAUGGAGUUCAAGUGUUGGCGUGUCAGGCAUGCCCUGCUGGAAUGGCUGUUUCUCCCGAUGGAUGGGAUUGUGUAACUUGCGGAGAUGGAACAAGUCGCGAACCUACAACUGGUAAGUGUGUGCCAUGUGCCGAUGAGCGUGUAUUGAACUCCCGCGACGAAUUCGGAGGGCUGGUCGACCCUUCCUCGUGCCAAGAGUGCGCUGAUAAUUUUGGACCAACAGAAGAAGGAAAUGAGUGUGAGAGAUGCAGUGCUGAUGUUCUUUUUGUCAACGACAAUGUAGCUUCUCCUGGAUGCGACUGUACGACGGUAGCUGAUAUUGGAGUUUGUCUACCCACAAACCCAAUUGUGACUGUGAACCAACCAGACUACGUUAUCGACUACUCUGCCACUGAAUCUCAAGAGUCGAUUUAUUUGGAGCAGAAUUUGGAGGCUCGGUUCUACAAGUGCUCGGAAUACAUUGACAUUGAAUCGUGUCAAGCACUGGCAAACCUGUGUGCCAUGAGUUUAUACAAGACAAAAGAAAACAUUGAAGUGCCCUGUAGCAUGCUGCAAAUUCUUUUGGACCGACCAGUUUUGGUUGCAAAUGCUGCAUUGCCACCAGCUGUGCCUGAAAUCAGACUGUCUGUGGAAGAAAUUGAGGACACGGAGAACUUCCCUGAGGACUACACGAUGGACACGGGCAGAGAUGGGAAUGAUGAACUGACUUUGAAGUCGGAUUGGCUGAGACUGGUGGCUUACAAGUAUGACGUGGAUGGAAACUUCAUGGGCUUUGAAGAAGCUUGGAAAACUGGCGCUUUCCAGCUGUGCAAAGGAGACCAGUACUCUCUGCAGUUGGCAUUCCGCUUCGGAAAAGACAUUCGCAACAAGUGCAGUUUGAGAGUGAGACAGUUAGUGGAUGAGUAUGAGACAGUUUUCUAUGAUGUGUUUCUCAAGUUCACCACCACUAAUGAUGCCACAGACAAACUCUUCAACUUCCCCAUUCAGUUCGGAGAGCAGACCGAAUACUACCGCAGACUGUUCCUCGUUGACAACUUGUCUGGUCAAGGUGCAACUGGAGACAAUAUUGUGUUGGGCUCGUAUGUGUCUAAGAUUGAGAUCUACUACAGCACCAGUUUCAAGUCCACUAAUCCUAUCUCAAUGAAAGUGACGCAUUCGCCUCUUUUCCAGUCGGACUAUGACAAUGAUAAGACUGUAGAGACUGAGUUUUCGGUGGAGUAUGACCAGAAGUAUGGCGAUUUCAACCAAAACAUCGGAAUAGCGAUAGGUGUAAUCGGCGUGUUCGUCAUGGUCUACAGCGUCGUUAAAAUCAACGGAUGGAGAAAGCGAGCGGGAGCUACUACUCUUGAUUUAUUGGCGCUUCUGAAAUUCAUGUUCUCCUGGUUUGGAGCAACUGCCAACGCAUUUUUCCUCGUCCUGUUCUUCACUGGACUGUACAUGCUAAUCAGCUGGAGGAAUCAAGAUGUACUGUAUAUUCUUCUGCCCGCGGCCAAUGACAGAGGAGAUAUCAGACCCUUCAUUGGUUAUUUCUGGACCGGAUUCCUCGCUAAGUGUAUCGAAGUCCUACACUUAAUCUACUCACAGUGCAACGUGGACAUUUUCUUCAUCGACUGGGAGAGACCAAAAUCGACCAAGUCGCCCAGCGACACCAAGAAGGGAUCGGAGGCAUCUACAGUUAGCAUCUGGCGUACAUACUUCGUUGCCAACGAGUGGAAUGAAAUCCAGACUAUCCGGAAGACGAAUGUUUUGUUCCAAAUUGUGGCUGUUAUAUUUUUCUUGGAGGGUCUGAACUUCAAGGAGUUCGCGAGGGCAGAUCCGAGUAAUGACCUGUUUCCAGAUGAGAACUAUGUGAAUUCUCCCUACAACACCUGGUUGAGGUUUGCCGUGGGAGCAAGUGUUUAUGUAGCUAUCGGAAUUGCACAAUACCUAGUGGAGAUCCUGUUCUACUCUCGCUUCAUCGAGGACCCCUUCAACCAAUUCGUUGAUCUCUGCUCCAUCAGCAACAUCAGCUGCUUCAUCAUGAGUCAGAAACAGUACGGAUACUACAUCCACGGCAGAUCUGUCCACGGAUUUGCAGACGCAAAUCUAGCUCAGCUGUCUCUCCUCAUGCAGAAAGAACAGGAUGACCUGAGAGGCACACGAGGUCUUCUUCCCGACUCUUCUAUCCAGACAUUCGAGAUGAUAGUACCUCUGAAUCUGCGCACUGCAUACAGGAAACUUUACAAACCCCCCAUGCCAUCGAAUGCGGCCAAGGCAGCCACUACUGCAACCAGUGGGGAUCAAACGGGAGCUGGGGUGGACAGGAACUCGCUUAGUCAGCUGAACCCCCAACUGAGAAAGUGCAUUGAGGGAUACAACCAGCUCAAUGCUUUCUUGGCUGCAUUCAUCAACAGGGACAUUCCUGACUGUGAUUACGAGGUGAGGGAAAGGCCGUUUCUGGAGAAGCUGCUGGACAUGGAGUUUGUGGAGAAUUCCCCCACCAGGGGAAUAUUCUAUAGUGACGCGGGUCACGUGUUCGACAAGGUUCUUUUCUAUGGGAACGAGUUCUCCCUGUUCGUGUUUGACGUGUAUCUGUUCGUAGCACUGGACUACAUGAUCGGCAGCUACCUCCUCUCAGCCAUCGGAGUCUACAUCGUCCAGAAGAUCAUGGUGCCGAUUAGAGAAAUUUUGGGACAGCGAAAUCUGGCCAAGAAGACACUAGUAGAUGAGAGAUUCCUGAUUUAGAAGCUUGUAGAUGAAUAAUGGCUCUUGUACAAAAACCAAGAAGAUGAAAUCGGAAAUAAACUUCGUCAUGGCUCUUUGUAAAUAUCUUUUUAAUAACGCAAAAAAUUUGGAUUGUAAAUAUCAGAGUUGUUUUUUUUUGUAAUUUUACUGUGAAUAUCUGUACCAAGUCGUGAAAAUUGUAUAUAAAUUCAAUAUCAUUUCGUCGAAUUGAAUUCUUUUAAUUGAA